GUUCGGGGAAGGAGAAUCAGGAAGUUCUGCUUGACUUUUUAAAAUAAGUUGAGCAGUCGUCUUCCUCUUUUCUACUAGUUUUGUGGCUGAGGAUGAACUGAGUGGCUUGUUCUAUGAUAUUCUCAAGAAACUGCUGAUUCCCUCACUUACGCAGAACCAAGUGUGCAGGCUCCAGCACAGACGUUGACGAGAGGCGGAGAGGGAAAGGAUGCCCGCCCCACCCCCCCCACCGCCCCCUCCCUGUGCCCCCCCUCCCCCCUCCUUUGCCUCGGUAAACUCCCAGAAGCCCUCUCAGAACCGCUCGGAGCAGCAGGGCCGCAGUGCCCUUCUGACGGACAUCUCUAAAGGCGCCCGACUGAAGAAGGCGGUGACCAACGACCGCAGUGCGCCCGUUGUAGACAAGCCUAAAGGAGGUGGAGGAGGGGGUGGAUUUGGUAGUGGUACACCUGGAGGUCUUGGAGGCCUGUUUCAGGGAGGUAUUCCCAAGCUGAGAUCCACAGGGAGCAGAGAAACCAGUGACACUGGGGGCCAGCGAGGACCUAUACUCCCUCCAGGGGCCCGCUCCGCUGGUGCCAGGCCCUUCAAUGCACCCCUCGGGGGCCCCCCAAGAUUUCCCGGGGCCCCAUCAUCCCCCCGUAGCAGCACCCCUGACCUACCGAGGGGCCGCGUGAUGCCCCCCUCCAGACCGGACACUCCGGGCGGACCUCCGCCCCCUGUGCCCAGCACCCCUCGACCCAAUCAAGGCUCUCGGGGCGGCCCCUUGCCACCGUCAGCCCCUGGGGGUCCCAGGCCUGGUUCUGGCCUGGGGCCCCCACCUCCUGGCCUUCCGCCAGGGAGACACGGCCCCCUUCCUACCCUGCCCGGAGGCUCCUACGCCGGGGCCUCCAGCAACUCCCGACCUCCAUUACCGCCCACGCCAGGAGUCAGAGCCUCCCCAGGGUCCGAGGACCGCCCCCCGCCCACGCCGGCCCCAAGUGGGAGUAACCGCCUGUCGAUAGCCCGGGACGGCCCGCCAACACCUCCUCCUCCGUCCUCUAUGUUCGGCUUGAAACCCCCCUCGCCCUCUGUCUCCUCCCCCUCCCCCCGCUUGCCAGGAGGGGCCCCUCCUCUACCCCCAGGCCGGCCAGGCCCCCCUCCUCUCCCCCCCUCCCCAGCAGGGGGGGGGGACCAUGCAACCCCUCGCCUGCCCCAGAGGAACAUGUCGCUCAGCAGCCAAGCAACGGCCCCCCCACCUGGACGAUCGGGACCACUUCCCCCCCCCCCAAAUGAGAGACCACCCCCACUUGGAAGAAACCAGGUCGCAGGUCGCACAGGUCCACUUCCUCCACCCCCCCCCUCGGCUCGCAGCGGGGGAAGCGUGAGGUCCUCGUCCAUACCUUCUCCCAUUGGUCGGCCAAGCCCUGGCGGAAGGCCCCCCCUACCACCAGAAAGACCAGGCCUGGGCGGGCCUCCCCCCCCUCCCCCUCCCAUGGGCAAUGGCAUCCAGAACUCUCACCCACAGACCCCCCACCACCAGCAGCAGCAGCCGAUGGGCGAUGAGUGGGAGUCUCGUUUCACCUUCCAUCCCAUGUCAGACCUCCCUCCUCCCGACCCCUACGUACCAAGUCAGAAGACCUACCCCAGCAAGAUGGGCAAGGGCGACGCCAGAGGUUCUGGUAAGGAGAGAGGUGCUCCCCCGCUGCCCCCCAUACCAAGGUGAAGAGGAGGUUCCCCCCCACCAGCCCUCAAGCCAUCUUCCUUUCUUCACCCAUUUUUUUUUUCUCUCUAUCACUGCUUCUUGGUUUUCCAGUAGCACACAAAUGUCACAGAAAUAUUUGAUACAUUUAAGGUACUAUAAAGUAAUGGCUUCACAUCUGUGUAGAAUUGACUGUGUGUCUGUGUGUUUGUGUGUGUACAUCUGUGUUACAGCCCUUGACCAAAGAACCCUGUUUAAAAGUGGGACAUACUUAAGUACAAUGCAAUGUCUAUACGAGCACGAUUUAAUGCUGUUCCUUAGGAAUAUUAAGGAGACGGCCCCUUGCCUUCAACUGAACAACCUUGACUAAUCUUGACUAACUAACCCUUGCAUCUAUCAAAAACAGGAUGUAAACCUUCAACAAAAGUCUGCUGGUGAAUGUUGUGCUAUGCUAUGGGCAAAAUUCACAAGUUAAGUGAACAAGUACUUCAAAGACUAUUGAACUGAAAAACAUUGUUCCGUUAUGUAAUUCAAUCAAUGAAUGUUAUUUGAUGUGUUCUUCCUUGGAGAUGCAGUGGUCUCACUCCAUAACUGUGGGUUACUCAGUCUGUUUCUGUGGUCUUAUGUCCCUCUCUCCUUCUAAUAGCACACCUGCGCCUAGAGUCCACUCAGUAUUAUAUGAACAGGAUCAAUAAGAGAUCCAUGUUUAGGACACAUUAUUUAGGGAUCUCUUUGUGUCUAAACAAUGCCUAUGCUCCCUCUAUGGUGUUCCAACAGGAGGGAAGGGGACUGGAGGAGGUGGUCUAGGCUGUUGGUUUGUACUUGCCGUACAUCAACCAGUACAAAAAUAACUAAUCAAACCACAGCCGGCGAUCUGUGCUGAAAUAAAGAUUGAUCUUUGUCGAAACAAUAUAAUGCAACAUUUCUGACCCUCUAACAGCCAUGGUCAGAUAAUGGGCCCUAUCUUGCAUCCGGCGCAAGUGACUUAGUCACUGGCGCAUGUGUCGUUGCUAGUUUACAACUGGCGCAGAGCGUUCUUCCCACCAGCGCCACUCGCCGGUAAAGUAGGGAUUGAUCAUGCGCCCCAAGGGGCGGUUCGGCGGAAGGAGGAGGUGUGUUCUGGCGCAAACGGUAUUUUGCCGUCUCUGAAUACCAUUGCGCUACUGACCAGGAAAUACCUGGUUUAAAGUCAGUGGCGCGUUGUUCAGAUGCUAUUUUAAGGGCGCAAGCAUACAUGCGCAUGCGAUGCAUACGGAUUGCUUGUGCACCUCGCGCAUACACUUUGCUUCUCUCAUCUACCUAGCCGCACAUUCUUGGUAAAUUAUUUGGGAAAGAACAGCUGAUGCAGCGGUAAUAAGUUGUACUUUUAAAUCAAUGCAUCUGCAAACACCGUACAGCAAACACAUAUUUUCUUGACACAGACAUCGUAGGCCUACAUGCCCAUAACUUUUAGGAUUGAUGAGUUUGCCUAUUUGAUCGUGAAAAACAUUGUUUUACCGCGAGUGAGUGUUAAAAAGAAUGAAUGAAUGCGGGCGCGCGUGUGUGCUCUGUUUAAACACACGCAAACUAAACACUCUCAUCAUCAUCUCAUCUUCGUCCGCUUAUCCGGGGUCGGGUCGCGGGGGGAGCAGCUCAAGCAGGGGGCCCCAGACUUCCCUUUCCCGGGCCACAUUGACCAGCUCUGACUGGGGGAUCCCGAGGCGUUCCCAAGCCAGUGUUGAGAUAUAAUCUCUAUCUCUCCACCUAGUCCUGGGUCUUCCCCGAGGUCUCCUCCCCACUGGACGUGCCUGAAACACCUCCCAAGGAAGGCGCCCAGUGGGCAUCGUUACCAGAUGCCCCAACCACCUCAGCUGACUCCUUUCUAAGUAAAGGAGCAGCGGCUCUAAACCGAGUUCCUCACGGAUGGCUGAGCUUCUCACCCUAUCCCUAAGGGAGACGCCAGCCACCCUUCUGAGAAAACUCAUCUCGGCCGCUUGUACCCGCGAUCUCGUCCUUUCGGUCAUCACCCAACCCUCAUGACCAUAGGUGAGGAUAGGAACGAAGAUCGACCGGUAGAUCGAGAGCUUUGCCUUGCGGCUCAGCUCUCUUUUCGGAACAACGGUGCGGUAAAGCGAACGCAAUACCGCCCCCGCUGUAUUAGUUCCCUCACGCUCCAUAGUUCCCUCACUCGCGAACAAGACCCCGAGGUACUUGAACUCCUUCACUUGGGCAAACUAAACACGUAACGCAUAAUACAAUCAAUGGCAAUGUCUAUUACCGCGGGGACACAUGCAUAUUAGGAUAGCAUACAAUACUGAUAAGAAACAAUGUUUAUAAUGUAUUGCGUACAUCAUUAAAUAGAACCACAGUUACCGCAUAUCAUAUGUUAUAGCCUAUCAUCAUACGUUUUCUUUGCCGACAUUUAUUUGAGGACUCAGUAUUUCUGAAGUUGUGGAAGAAAACCCCUUAUUCCAUGUGUGAAUUAGGCCAUAUUAUUUGGCAAUAAACUAAGCCAUUUGCAAAUUCAUGUGCAUCUGUCUCAUCGGAGACUGCAGACGCGCUGUCAAAAUAUCAACUCGUCCGAUUCAAAUGCGCUCAUGGCUCUUAAAGGGGAUGGGAGCUGGCACUCUCAUUGGUUUGUUGCACGUUACGCCCAAACCACACCUACGGGUAAUUAGGCUGCUUCAGACCAACCCUUUUGACACUUGCGCCGCGGCGCAAGCGUCAUUUAUCCGCCUGUAAAAUAGCGAUAGCGCCGUAGAACCGCCCACAAAGCUACUUGCGCUUUGCGCUUCCCACUUGCGUUUCAGACCGUUAAAAUAGGGCCCAAUGUCUUUGUUCAGGGUUGAUGUCCAACCAGUUCCUAUAACAGCCCCAGUCGAGUCGAGUUUAAAUGAUGGAACCAACUGCUCCCUCUCAUCAGUCCUCUGUUGUUGCCAAAAGUAAAGGGCAAAACGCUUCAGUGUGUGUUUGUGUGCGUGCCACGUUACUAAAGAACGAGCUUCAACGGCGAUUGGAGGCACUUUGCCGCCCUCCCAUGGUGACAUGUGACAUUGAUUUAAGAUCUAUGUGUUCGUCUUUCACACAAGCAGACAAAGAAAUGGAUGUUAAAUCAAUCUAGGAGGAUUUUCCGAGGUUGUGAAGGAGCUUUGAUUAAUGUCAAUGCUAUGAUUUGUUUAAGUGGCUUUAAAUGAUUGUACAUGUUACGUUUGUGGACUAUGUAGUAUUAUUACUCUUUGCUCUACCCUACUCUGCUUUGAUUAUAUUUUUGUAUGUUUUGUUUUAUGUUUUGGUCAUGGAACCAAAUAAUAUGUUAUUCAUGGAACCAAUAUCGUGAGGGGUUUUUGAACGAAUUCACACCGAAUGGAUCAAAAUUAAAAAAUCGUAAUGUUUGUGCUAAUAUCCUGAGUACGCUUCUAUAUGUUGUAUUUAGCAGAUUUCUUCAAGCUUUGUUGAGCAAGCCAACGAAGUUGUUAACUUCUGAAUGAGUAGGCCUAUGGGCCUUUUGUGUCUCCCGUCUGAAAUACUCAAAGGUUUGGCUGAUUUCCAAUCACUUGAUUAAGGCCUUGCUUUUUGCAAACAUUAUUACAAUUCACGAUCUGCAUUUUCUCAGCUAGAACUGUUGUAUGUUGGACAAGCAUAGCAUAGUUUCAUAUCUUUUAUAUCUAAUAUGAAGCUUAUGCAUUCACUUGUUUUACUGAAUUGGAGACAUAAUUAUCUCAGAGAAAAGUUUUUAUGCAAACAAAUGUGUUUUUCUGAAUGAAUGAGAUACGAGAAACUCAGAGUGAGUGAGUUGGUUGCUGAUGCUGAUAAGCCUCAACAGGGGGUUCCAGGUGCGGGACGAUAUCACAUGAUAUCGAUAUCACAUGUCAAGAAAUGUCAUUGAACUGUCUUGCUUGACCUCGUGUAACAAAAGUGAGAUUGGGAACAGUUAUUUCAAUGCAAUGAUUAGAUCCCUGAAGCAAACACCACAAUGUAAUCAGAUCAUAAGGGUAUUUUUUUCUGAACCACCCCAAAGUGGACAAACUAAUAUUCAUUGAUAUCAAUAUUACUGAUGGACACAAGCAUCUGACCAGAUCAAUAUUGUAAAUAAACUGUUCUUAAUGUUUUAUCUGGAAAAAUAAAGGUUAAAUAAGAUAAAAAAUCUGCCAACACAUCAGAUAUCAACUAUGACGGCGUUCAUCCAGCAUUAAUAAAUCUACAACAUUCUUUUUUUUUCUUCUUUUUUUUUUUCCUUAACACUCAGUAACACAACCUAUGUGACAUAGCAUCAAUCUGCUUGAGUUCGAAGGCAUGUCUAGUCUCUGUAUCUGGCUGGAAUCUUGACUUGUCUCCCAGACCUUGUGUGAUGUAAUUGUAACUGUGCUUGUCCAUCAUGUGAGUCAGUGUCCUGAUUGACCUCUGUGUCGUUGCCUUCUGUGUCAGAUCCAGUGUGUGCCGUUUCAGUGUGUGUGUAUGUGGGAAUGUCCUGCAUCUCUGUAGGUGGAAAUUCCCUCUCGCCUGUCUUCAGUAGAUGCUUUCUGUUCCUCCUUCCGUCCAUCUUGUGUGCGAACUAUGAAGGAUCUUGGUAGCUGAUGUCUUUCCACAACCACAGCUGGCUGCCAUGUAUCUCCUUUCUGUAUCCUGACAUUUUCACCUGUUCGUAGAUCUGGCAACUUUUGUGUUUGUCUGUCAAAGUAGCUCUUUUGCUUCAUUUGUCUGCACUUCACAUUGUCUUGAACUUGAGCUCUAUUUUCAGGAGUCAAUAGAGUUGUUGAUGCUGGAAGUUUGGACUUUAGACUACGUCCCAUUAACAGCUGUGCAGGAGAUAAUCCUAUACCCUCCAGCGGUGUGUUGCGCUAUUUGAGCAAAGCAAUGUAUGGAUCUCCAUUGCCGCUCUGUGCCUUUUUGAGCAUGUUUUUUACUGUUUGUACAGUUCUUUCUGCCUGACCAUUAGACUGAGCAUGUCCUGGACUGGCACUAAGAUGUUCAAAUUCCCAACUCUCAGAAAACUACGGAAACUGGGAUUCCGUGCCUAGCGAAUGUCGACUUCAUGGCAGUGAUGACACCUCGGCUGGUUGUGUCACACAACUUGGUGAUCUCUGGAUAUUUUGAAUUGUAUCUACGCAGAGCAAAUACUCUGCACCAUUGUAGUGAGAGAGAUCUGUGCCAAUCUUCUCCCAUGGUCUUCCUGGCAGUGUGUGGGGAAGUAGAGGUUCUUUGGGAUUGCUGUUUUUGUUUUCAUUGCAUACAGCACAUUGAGACACAACGCCCUCUAUCUCAGUUGACAUGCCUGGCCAGUAGAGAAUAUCCCUAGCUCUCUCUUUACAUUUCACUAUGCCAAAAUGUGACUCAUGGAUUUUGUUCAGCAUUUCCUGUCUCAUCUGGUUUGGCACAAUGAGUUUUGCAGCUUUGAACAACAGUCCUGAUGCAUAGCUGAUUUCCUCUUUGAAUGUCCAGUAUGUUUUCAUUUCUUUUGGAACAUCAUCUCUUUCUUUUGGCCAUCCUGUCAUUGUGAUGUCUCGUAGCAUUUGCAUUUCCGGAUCAUCCGUUGUUGCUUUUCUGAACAUGAUUAAUUUAUUUUCUGAGAUGGGUAGUUGUGGUGUAACCCAGUUGACUUCCAACUCCUCUCCGAGCAAAUCUUCUUUUUGCUCUUUUAGGAAAGCACGGCUCAGAGUGUCAGCGAUGUACAGCUUUUUCCCUGGCUUAUAGGUAACUUUGAGCGUGUACCUCUGUAGUCUGAGAAGCAUCCUUUGCAAUCUCAUGGGAGCUUGGUGGAGUGGCUUUUUGAAGAUGCUCUCAAGCGGUUUGUGAUCACUCUCAACUUUAAUGUCUCUGCCAUAUAAAUACUGGUGGAAUUUCUCACACCCAUAAACUAUGGCAAGUAAUUCCUUUUCAAUUUGCGCAUAUCUGCGCUGACAGUCAGUAAGCGCUCGUGAUCCAUACGCUACAGGCCUUCCAUCUUGCAGUAUUACAGCUCCUAUGCCUUCUGAACUGGCAUCCACAGACAAUGUCACAGGUGCUUUCACAUCAUAGAACUUGAGUGUUGGUGCAUUGGUAACCAACUUCUUCAAUUGUUCAUAGCUUUGCUUUUGCUCCUCUUCCCAAUGCCAUGCCGUGUCAUUCUCUAGCAGCUUUCUCAGUGGAGUGCUGACCUCAGACAGGUUGGGAAUGAACUUUGCAAGAUAUUGUAUCAUGCCCAUGAAUCUCAUCAGCUCCUGUUUGUCUUGUGGUGGUGGUAGCUGUACCACAGCUCUCACUUUUUCAUCAUCUGCUUUCAGCCCAUCAGUGCUGAGUACAUGACCUAUGUACUUGAUCUCUGUAGUUCUGAUUUUACAUUUGUUUCUGUUCAAUUUCAAGUUGUACUCCCUUGCUCUCUCCAAGACCUUUAUCAAUCUCUGAUCAUGUUCCUCGAUUGUGUCACCCCAUACAAGCAAAUCAUCGAUAAUGUUGACUACUCCUUCCAGGCCUUCAAUCAUUUGUGCCACGGAUCUCUGGAACACCUCAGAUGCAGAAGAGAUUCCAAAGGGUAGAGGGAGGAACCGAUAUCUCCCUAUAGGAGUGUUGAAUGUGCACAACUUGGAACUUUCUUCGUCCAGUUUAAUUUGCCAAAACCCUUGAUUUGCGUCUAGCACAGAAAAGUACUUUGCUUUCGGCAUACGGGAGACAACCUCUUCAACAGUUAGCAGUGGAUAGUGCUCUCGUUUUAUUGCAUGAUUAAGAUCCUGUGGAUCCAUGCAUAUCCUCAUCUUUUUUGGUGUGACCACCGUCACCAUGCUACUCACCCAGUCUGUCGGUUCUAUUUGUCUUGUUAUCACUCCAUUCUGUUCCAUCCUGUGUAGUUCUUCCACUACUUUGUCCCUGAGAGCCACUGGAACCUUUCUUGGAGCAUGCACAACUGGUGAAAUAGUUGGAUCAAUCUGAAUAUGGUGUAUCCCUGGUAAACAUCCUAAACCAGAACACAAGUCAUCAAAGUCAUUCAGAAUGUCAUUGUCUUUUUUUUAUAUCAUACACUCUCUUCACCAAGCCUAACUUAGUGCAUGUUUUCUUCCCCAGUAUUGCUGGAACAUUUUGCUGCGUGAUCUCAAACUCAAUCUUGUGUUUCUGUCCUUUGUUCACACAAGUGAGUUCUCUCUUGCCCAAUGGCGCCGACUGGUGGCCGAAAUAUGCAACAAGCCUGCAGGUGGAUUUUUUCAGCUUUCCUCCGAUGUCGAGUGAGUUGAACGUGUCUGCUGACAUCACAUUGCAACCUGCACCAGUAUCAAGCUUAAAUUUCACCUUUCUCCUGUUUAUCUUUAGUUCUUCAGUCCACUCAUCGCCAUCCUCCAUCUCUGCAUUGUCAAUCUUUUUGAUGCAUACUUCUUGUUCCACAUUGAUUGUGCCAAUGAACAUGUUAUGGUCACUGUCACUGUGUUCCACAGCAUGCAUUUUCCUUGUGUGGCCUUGUGCCUUGCACAUUUUUUCAAAGUGAUUCUUUUUCUGGCAUGACUUACAUGUCUGACCAAAAGCUGGACAUUUCUUGUAUUCAUGUUUAUAUCCACAUCUAUUGCAAUCAAAUCCCUUUUGCUCAUCCUGUGACGCUGGCUUUGUUCUGCCCUUUUCAGCUCUUUCUGUCUGUAUUCACAGGUCUUAUUUUAUGCACUUCAACUUCUUCAUUGAGCAUUUUAACUUGACUUAACAUGAUCUCAUUGGCACGGCAGACAUCAAUGGCUUUUUCUAACGUAAGAUCCGCCUCUCUUAAUAGUCUUCUUCUCACACGUAUGCCGCAUACAAUCCUGUCACGUAUCAAAGAGUCAUGUAAAAGUCCAAACUCACAAUCUUUGGCUUUGCUCUUCAACUCCGUCACGUAGGCGUCUAUGGUCUCUGUCGGUCCUUGAGCCUUUGUGAAGAACAUAUGUCGGGUAUGGAAGGUUCUUUCUAGGCUCACAGUAAUCUUUGAACUUUUCUUUCAACACUUGAAUUUUGUCUUUCUCAGCUUCACUGAAGACAAACGUGUUGUAAACCUUUAUCGCCUCUUCACCCGCCACGUGCAGAAAAGUAGCACACUGCACCGCCUCGGACUUUUCAGCUAUUCCGCUAGCAGUACAAAACAGCUCCAACUUCUGGAUCCAUCAUUUCCAGUUUUCCGCAAGAUUACCUUGUAGGCUCAAACUUGACGGUGGCUGUAACUGUGCCAUUUUUUCUUUUCUCUUUUAUCAUUCCGUGAUUUCUUCUGACACCAUGUCGUAUAUUGAUGUGACUCGGACACAUGCGCUGCUUAGAAUCAAAAACACAUCUUUAAUUGUUGUCCGCCAUUAUACAAGUACAUGCAAUGUCCAAAACUAAGGAAAUCCUUUACUAUGUACAGACUCAGUGAGCACAGCCUCGCCUUCGAGAGAGUGAAGGAUAUUGGAUAUAUUCGAUAUAUAUUCAAUAUAUAUUGAAUAUAUCCAAUAUAUAUUUUCGAUAUAUUGAAUAGAUAUAUACUGGAUAUAUUCAAUAUCCAGCCAAUUUAGCCUGCCAUAUUCAUCACCCCUCUCCUAUUUCUUGUUUGCAAAGGCUGACACACUUCAAAUGUAUUGGGCUUACAUCGUUAGGUCACUGGAUGUGACUGUAGAAA